GCGGCGAGUUCCGUGUUUACACCCAAGAGGACGGAGAGUAGAGCGCGGUGUCACUGAGCGAGCGGCGGCCGUGAGGGUAGCGUCGGUGGAAGAGAGGGGAGGGAGGGGGGAAAAAGGAGAUGCAUUUGGUAGCUUGAGGACGGCUUCCUCCCGCUCCCUCCAAUAAUAACAAUUAAAAUCAAAGGUGCGAGGGGGCAGCGGGUAACAAACACCGGGGACGUUUCUGGCCGCUCGCCGAACGGAAUGUUUUCCAGAAAGGCUCAUGGAGACGUCAAGAAAUCUGCACAGAAAGUUCUGGACCCAAAGAAGGACGUGCUAACCCGCCUCAAGCACCUGAGGGCUCUGCUAGAUAUUUUGGAAAGAAGUGAAUUGAAGCAGUUCUUUGAAACCAACUACUCUCAGAUUUAUUUUAUAUUCUUCGAAAACCUGUUCACACUGGAAAGUAGUUUAAAACAAAAGGGAAAUAAGUCACAGAGGGAGGAGCUGGACUCCAUUCUCUUUGUAUUUGAGGUAAGCCUUCAACUUCUUCCUGAGAAGAUCAACAGCAGAUGGCAAUUUCACAGUAUAGGCUCAAUUUUGAAGAAACUUCUGCACACUGGAAAUUCUGUUAAGAUAAGAUGUGAAGGAAUUCGUCUCUACCUACUUUGGCUUCAAGCACUGCAAGAGAAUUCUUCUGAUGAGCAGCUAACAUUGUUUGCUUGUCUAGUUCCUGGUUUUCCAGCUGUUUCAUCACGAAUUGGACCAUGUACUUUAGAUACACUCAUAAAUCCUUCGUACAAUAUAUCUGAUGUAAAAAUUGCUGCGGAAGAUAUUACUCCUCUGUUGCCUUCAGUUUUGGGAGAAAAGAUAUCAGAGGACCAGACUUCAUACAUACUUAAAAUCCUUUUGAAGUACAUGGUAAUUCAGGCCGCAAGCUUGGAAUGGAAGAAUAAAGAAAAACAAGAAAGUGGUUUCAAGUUUCUUUUUGCCUUAUUUAAGAAGUUCUACCUUUCCCAUUUAUUUCCAUCCUUCACAAAAUUUACCAAUCUUUACAAUCCUGUACUUGAAAUUCCUCAAAUGAGGCCAAAACCACUGUAUAUUAAUAUAACACGAAACAAUGAAAGCAUUUACAGCACACGGGACCAGUACUUGGCAGCUCGGGUGGCAUUUAUUAAGUGGCUUGUGACCUUUUUUCUGGAAAAGAAAUACACUGCUGCAAGUCAAAACACUAAAAAUGGUGGAGAAGUGCUACCUAAAAUUAUCCAGUCAGUGACUGCCAAUCCAUCAGGUCAGGAGAAAGCCACUGAAUUGGAAACAAAUGGGUCUUCUGAACAGGAUCGAUCUCACUCCAACAGCAGUACACUAUCUGACAGAAGGCUCAGUUGUUCCAGUACCUGUAGCAUAGAAGAGGAACACCGACCAGUUUAUGAAAUGGUUCAGCGAGUACUACUUUCAUCUCAAGCUAAUGUGAAUUUCAUCAAUGAAGUUUUUCAUCAGGGGUUUCUGCUACCUUCUUGUGAAGCAUCAGCAAUAAAAAAAGUUGUCAAGGUUUAUCGGAAAUGGAUCUUGCAAGAAAAUAAACCUUCAUUUAUGGCAGAGCCAGAAAUAAUUGACACCGAUGAAGAUGUAGUUGAUCAUUCGGAGCAGCUUUCUCUAACGCUGCCAGAUAACAAAGAGUCCAGUCAACAGUCAAGACACAGGCGAACAUCUAGCUGGGGGAGAACAUAUUCAUUUACAAAUGCUAUCAACCGGGGCUGUAUUUUUGAAGAGGAAAAUGGAAAUGUUCAGGCUGGUAUUCAGUCAACAUUGCAAGUUUUUUUGACCAAUUCUGCAAAUGUGUUCCUGUUGGAACCCUGCAAUGAUGUCACAAAGAUCCUAGAUGAACAAGUUGAUGUGUGCAAGGCAGUCCUGAGUAUCUAUAGGCACAUGAUCAUGGAGCUGACCAUGAAUAGAAAGACAUGGGAGCAACUUCUGAGAGUAUUGCUGAAGAUUACUGAAGCAAUUAUGCAAAAGCAACAGGAUUUGCACAAACGGGAUGUUUUUGCAGAACAUAUGGCUGAACUACUUUUUCGGACUCUUAUUGUCGCUUGGAUCCGAGCUAAUUUGAGUGUGUAUAUUUCGAGAGAGCUAUGGGAUGAACUACUGUCUGUGCUAUCAUCUCUCACCAUGUGGAGUGAGCUGAUCACUGAGUGGGCAAAGAUCAUGGAUUCUCUUACUGUGGUGUUAGCAAGAUGUGUAUACAGUCUCGAUAUGAAUAACUUACCACUGGACAAGCUGAGUGAACAAAAAGAGAAGAAACAAAGAGGGAAAGGUGUAUACCAAGAUCUUAGUAAAGUAACUGGAGUAGGUAGGUCCUUUUCUCUAAGCUGGAGAAAUCAAGCUGAUGGCACACAAGAGCAUAUGCGAUUUAGAAGUGCGACUACCUCUGGUGCCCCAGGUGUUGAAAAAGCCAGAAAUAUUGUUCGCCAGAAAGCAACAGCUAAGCGAAGUCAAUCUAUCAGCAACUGUGUGCAUCUUUAUGAGGCUUUGCCAAGUACUAAAAGUGUGCCUCUGCUGCUUCAUACUGUGAGCUCUCUCUUACCUGGCAUCACUCAUGCCCCUUCCUCUCAGAAACUGUCAGAAGAUGAAGAACCCCAACAACCAGACAGUGUACCAGAUACAGAAGAACUGAUUGCUGGUACAACAUUGGAACAAGAACAAAAGCUGACCCAUAGCAGCAGCACUUCUGACAUUGCUGAACAGCUAUAUGCUGACCAGUUACAAGGACAAAGAAGAGAACACUCAUCUAGUUUCAGUAACUCUGAAUCUAAGAUUACUGUUGCUGAGCACAGACGGUCUGGAGGGAAAGAGAACGAGGCUCCAAUUAUCAUGAUCUGUAGAAGCAGUAGCCCUGGUGACCCAGAAAGCAAUCCAGAUGAACUUCAGCCAUCUCAAGAAAGAUCCAAAUUGAGAGCUAAAAGUGAGAGCGUAAGUAGUGAAACAUCCAAUGGUUUUAAUAAUUUCAAUGAAACGGAGAUUUCCUUAACUCAGUGGAAGACAUUUGAUGAAGGUUCAGCAGAUGUAGCAGAUGUUGCUAUUGAUACAGAUACAGCUUACAGCUGGCAGAAGAAGACUACAGUUCUUGCAGGGUCAGGUACUGCACUUUCAACUUGUGCAGAGCCACAACUUCCCAGCAUUUCUUCAGUUUACUCCAUACAACCUGAACCUAAGGAUUCACCCACACUCUUGGAUGAGAAGUUGCAAAUUCCUGAUGAUCUGGAGAGUAGCGAAUACCUUGCAGAUGAAUGCAGUAUCAUUGCUGGAGGAAACCUCACUGGUUGGCAUGCUGAUGCAGCUGCUGUGCUAUGGAGAAGGAUCCUGGGCAUUUUGGGGGAUGUCAAUUGCAUACGCAGCCCUAAAAUUCAUGCCAUGGUUUUUGAAUAUUUAAAUGAACUCUGGCACAAACUAGCUAAGAUUAGAGACAACCUUGGUAUCAGUUUAGAUAAUCAAGUUUCACCACAAUCUCCAAUUCUGAUUCCACCUCUUCGCAUGUUUAUGUCCUGGUUAUUUAAGGCAACAACCUUGCCCAAUGAAUACAAGGAAGGAAAACUACAUGCAUACAAACUAAUCUGUGACAUUAUGACUAAACGCCAAGAUGUCUUGCCAAACUCUGAUUUCCUGGUGCACUUUUAUCAUGUGCUGCACAGAGGCAUUGUGUGUGAGGAUCAGGAUGUGCUGAACAUUCUUACUAAGCAUUGUUCCCCUCGCUUCUUCUUACUUGGUUUACCUGGUUUCACCAUGAUGAUAGGAGAUUUCAUCACAGUCGCCACCCAAGUCCUCAACUCAGUUAUGCCAGAUGCACCACGUUGUGAAGCUCAAAUUCUUCUCGGAUCCCUGGUUUGUUUUCCUAAUCUGUACCAACAGAUGUCGCUGCUACAGCCUGUUAGUGGUGCUACUGACAUUAUCACAGGAAAUGAAGAUAUCAAGGAUUAUUUGGUAAAUAUUUUGAUGAAAAAUGCAAGGAAUGAAACCUGUGAGACUGCACGCUGCAUCGCAAUGUGUAGUCUUGGAAUCUGGAUUAGUGAAGAACUGGUGCAGUGUACAAACCACGCUCAGGUCCAAGAUGCACUCAAUGUAUUAGGUGUGACGCUUAAGUUCUCCAACAAAGUGGUUGCUGAAGUGGCUUGUGACAUGCUGAAGCUGUUGGUUACUCAUAUGGAAAAGCUUAAGAAGUAUGAAUCGCAGCUCCCCAAGAAAAUUGCUGAGAUCCUUGUUGCCACGAUUGCAUUUCUCUUGCCCAGUGCAGAACAUUCAUCCGUUGAUGCAGAUAAAAGGUUAAUAGUAUCUCUACUACUCUGUCUCUUGGAUUGGUGUAUGGCAAUGUCUGUGGAUGCCUUAUUGGAGCCUAUUAGUGCAGCUUUGAUGGAAGACCAAAUGGCACGCCAAGCACCAUUACUAGACUAUAUAUACAGGGUAUUGCACUCCUGUGUUUAUGGCUCUAACCUCUUUACCCAACAAAGUCAAUACCUCCUGACUCUUGCAGAUGUCUCUUCUACAGAAUAUGAUCCAUUUUUGACAUUGGGAAAUGUCAAAAAUUCUGAACCAACACAUUCAUAUGUCCCAAGAGAUUUAGGCAGCCUUCUUACUGUCACUGAAAGUAAGAAGAGGAGAAGUUUGGAGUUGAUCCCUCUUACUGCACGUAUGGUAAUGACACACCUGAUUAAUCAUUUAGGUCAUUAUCCACUCAGAGGAGGUCCUGCCAUACUUCAUAGCCUCAUCAGUGAGAAUCAUGACAACCCUUAUGUGGAAUCAUCAGACCUAUCUGCAGAGGUUUUCAAAAGCCCAAAUUUGCAACUUUUUGUGCUCAAUGACAGCACCCUAAUUUCCUACCUUCAAAUUCCUGCUGAAGCAGUAAUGUUAGAAAGGACGUCUGGUAGUGAGCCAAGCCUACCUGCAUCGGAUGUGAGGGUGAUUGUCCGUGAUAUCUCUGGAAAGUAUUCUUGGGAUGGUCGGAUUCUGUAUUGUCCAUUUAGCAAUCCAAUGACCUGUUCUAAAGACAGUAGGGCAUCCCCAAGUACAAAUGUUACUUUUGUGGUUGAUGGUCAGCCUGACAUGCAGAAGCCUGACUGCAGUGCUCAUCAAAUAGAACAAGAUAAUCUUGAUCAGCUGCUUGAAAACUUAGUUGACACCAGUCCAGAAUGCUUGCCACAUCCACGGCUGGGACUCAGUGAACCAGCACCACCACCAAUUGGAAUGAAUAGUGAUCAGGAAAAGAACAUCAUGGAUACUAUAAUGAGACAAAGCAAUCAGGAGGAGGAAUACAUUUGUAGGUGGAGCAAGGAUCAUUGUAUGAGUGUGGCCAGUCAAAAAGAAUCUACUCAUCAGGAACCUCAGGCACCCUUUUACUACUGUAGACUGUUUCUUAAUGACAUGGGAAUGAAUUCUUGGGACCGAAGGAGUAGUUUCCAUCUUCUGAAGAAAAACUCAAAGCUACUAAGGGAACUAAAAAAUUUGGAUUCAAGGCAAUGUCGGGAAACUCAUAAGAUUGCAGUGUUUUACAUCAUGGAAGGACAGGAAGACAAGUGCUCAAUUCUCUCAAAUACUGGAGGAAGCCAAGCCUAUGAAAAUUUUGUCUCUGGACUAGGCUGGGAGAUUGACCUGUCUACACAUUGUGGUUUCAUGGGUGGCCUGCAACGCAAUGGAAGUACGGGCCAAACUGCACCUUACUAUGCUACCUCUACAGUGGAAGUCAUUUUCCAUGUUUCAACAAGAAUGCCAUCGGAUUCUGAUGAUUCAAUAACAAAAAAGCUUCGUCACUUGGGAAAUGACGAAGUUCACAUCAUCUGGUCAGAGCACACAAGGGACUAUCGCAGGGGAAUCAUUCCUACAGAUUUCGGUGAUGUCUUAAUCAUCAUUUAUCCGAUGAAAAAUUGCAUGUUCUACAUUCAAAUUUUAAAGAAACCAGAAGUCCCAUUUUUUGGUCCCCUCUUUGAUGGAGCCAUUGUAAAUGAAAAACUUCUGCCAAGUCUCGUCCGUGCCACAGGCAUCAAUGCUAGUCGAGCUGUGAAAUGUCUCAUACCCCUCUACCAGAGCUUUUAUGAAGAAAGAGCUCAGUAUGUUGAAGCAAUAGUUCAGCAACACAAAGAGAUCAUGCCAUUUGAAGAUUUUGCAGCCCAAGUCUUCGCUCCCUCCCCAAGCUACUCCCUCAGUAACAUGGAUUUAAAUAUUUAAACAUCUGAUUACAGUUAUUGUUAAAGGUUCUCCUGAUGGAAGUCAAAGCACUGAAAUGCCCAUAGAUGUGGGGACUGAUCCAACAGAUCAGCUCUCCCCAACACUGCCGGGUGCCACAAAAAAGUGUCUCUGGGAAAUCUUGCCGUUCUGCCAGUUCACCUAAUAAAUGUUCAAGCUAAAGAAUUUUACAGUGACAAGUUGCAAGCUGAGGCCUGCUUUUCAGCCUCUUCAUUUUUCUACUACUUUACGGUCCUUAGAAUGACAUUCACUUUAGAUAUGAUUUGAACCUGCUUUCUUUCUUUGACAUAAAAUUGAAUUUCAGGAAAACAGCUAUAGAUAAAGAAUUGUGCAAACUUGAUUGUCAUUGGAUUCCCAAAUAGAAUGCCAACUAUAUUAAGCAGUAAAAAUUGUUGUGUUACAAGGGUGGUAUCAAUCCCUCCUCUCCUCCAGAGAUGAAUGUAUGGUGUCAUGUCCAUGCAAUAACAAUGGUAUAUAGUAUCACUUGCCAUGUAGGCUUAUUGAUGGCUAUGUUAAGAGACCAUAUGAUGACAACUAUACUCAGAGACUACCACACUCUAGUAUUAUAAUUAGGACAACUCUAAGAGCCUGAAAAUAGACUCAGCACACCUGUAUGAUUGUGGCAUUCAGUUAGCGCAAUACUAAGCACUCCAAACAUGUUAAAAUCACUGCCCUUUAGUGUUUCCGAUUGAUAUUAUGUUACUUAAGGAAAGGGAGGUCAUUCCUCGAUGGCAGAAUUGUGUGUGAGUGCUACCAGGAAGCUUAAUAGGAUUUUAAAAACCAGAUGUAAUGUCCUAGUAUGAAAUUUGUGCUGUGCAGUAUGUGCAUAUAUGAAUGUCUACCACAGAUCCUCUUUUGGCUAAUUUUAUGCACCUGCCCUCCAGCCAUUACCUGCCUCCUUUCCUACAUUCCUCCUUAUAAAUUCCAUAAAAUGUGACUUCUGUAACAUGCAAGCAUAGGAAUGUGAAUUGCUAGUUAGUAGAAACUCUGCUGCUAAGGACUUGAAGAUUAGGUGAAGCUCCAGAGCCAGUGGACUAGUCACUUUCAUGUGCACAGUACAUGGUCUUUCUGUAUUUAACUAUUUGCAUUGCAUUUGAGUGACCACAUAUAAGGGAAGCAAAGAGAAAAGCCUUUCUUAAUUCUUUUUAUUCCUUGUAAUAACAUCAUCAAAGGAAGAAUAAAGUUCAGAUUUAUACCUGUUUAUAUGUUGACCUUAUACUAUUUACUCUUUCAGAUUAUAAGCACAAAUAGAUCAGGAGGAUGAUACAAAACAAGAAUCUGAGCUAAUUUGGAGAUGGAAUUGUACCAUCUAUAACUCCUUUAGUGUACAGUGCAUUACUGGACAAAGGUUUAUUUGCAAUUCUGGCAAACUUUUAACCUGAAGCUCUUAAUUGAGUGCCUCCUGUAAAUCAUAUCCAAGCAAAAACCAUAUAUAUUUUUUAAAAAGUGCAACAUAAGAGUUAAAAUUCUAUCUGUUCCAAUCUUUCUGUGCAGUUUUUGCCUCAUUUGCUUGCUUUGUAAGCAUUCCCUGAAUAUUUAGUUAUCAUUUCAGAAAGGAAUAUGGCCACAGAUGAUAAAAUACUUCUAAAGGUGCUGCAUUUUGGAAAUCAUUGUUCUUGGCCUAAUUCUGAAAUUUUUGAAUGAACACCCAUUCAACUGUUAUGGCUCUUCGCCACUCAAUACACUUUAUCUCACAGCUCUAAAGCACUGAAUUGUAGGACCAAGUACCUGAUGUUUGUUUUCAUUUAGAUGCAUUAAGCUGCAAGAGAACACAGGCAAAUCACUGCAUAUUUAGAUACCUGAUUUGGGAGUUUUUUGAAUAAGAAUUACUUAUUACUACUUGUAUCUUAAAAAUUGUGACAAAUAGAACAGUAACUCCAUUAACAUUUUGUAUAUAUGUGUGCUUGCAGCUCAUUUCAUUUUAUAUCAUACUCCUGAAAAUCUGUCUUCCUGUAUGCUUCAAUCAGCGAUUGACGUAUGGGUUACCUGGACUAUUUAUUACUCAGAUUAUGUUUUGUUUGAAUACUUUAAACAGAAGAAAUGUAAGAAUUUAAAUCGGUAUUCCAAAUUUUGUCAAUGUCUACUAAUAUUUUGUUUUGCAAUGACAACUUCAAUAUUCUGAAGUGAUGUUCCUUUGAUGUUCAUCCUUUAAUUAUAUGGCAGCACUGUUUCUAUUGCACUUAUACUUUGUGUACCAGUCAAGUGAAUGUGCUCUUUGAUUGUCAGUUGCUUUGUACAAUGCUUUAUUUUUAUUAUAUAUGUAAAUAUGGAGUAAUAUUUGAUAAGCAGAAGAUAAAAAGCAGCCUUUGUAAGUUAUUAUUCAAAUGUUUCAUCUUGCUGUUGGCUUCCGUCAAUUAUUGUGCUCAUUUUAAAAGAAACAGCCAGAGCCUCCAGUGAUCUGUACUUGGCAUUUGGUGCAGGAAUUUGAGAUGCAGUCUUGCAGUGUUAUGGUAAUACGUGCUUCAUGCGGCAUCCUUACUUACCAAGUUACAGCUAAGAUUGUACCUUCUACAGCAUAUCAUUUGUAAAUAAUUAGUCAUAAGUCCAGUCUGUUUUAUCUGUUUGUUUGAUCUACAAGUUUUUUUUAAGAAUAUUUCUCAAUAGGAACCUACUUUGCAGCUUUUUUUAAAAUGUUUCUUUAAAAAUCUGUAACUUUAUAAUGUAAAGCAAAAUUAAAGAAGUGCACCCAG